UACACUUACCGAUUAUAUUAUUUUCGAUGUCGAAAUCAUGGUGUCAGCGGUCAGAAACUUUUCCGCCUGGCUUUUAGUUUAAAUCCUUUUUUUAAACUUUCUUUUAAUAUAUUUACUGUUUCUAAUGUUGUAACUGGAAGCACACUGUUUAUAAUGUUGGUGGGGUGGGUCCUUCUUCGCCGUGGGUUAUGUUUUAAUGUGGUUCAGAGUAAAAUUUCAUCCAUUAACACCAUCCGCAUCGCAGAAUCGUCUUGAGUUUCAGGAGAGGUACCGAUGGCGCAAUUAUCAAUAGGACUUCCCUAAGUAUAAUACUACCCCCCAUUUUUUCUUUUAUUUGUUUCAUUUGGUGACUUUUUCAUCCAUGAAGUUCUUUUCACAGACACAUCCACCGUAAUUCAAUCAAUCGUCGGUAGGAUCGCUCGAUUGGUAGGAAGCGAUAGGCAAGAGGACCCAUCAAGCGAUCGCUAUCUCCAUCUAUUGAUCGUUAUCCUCAUUAACUGUUACUUCCAUUGUUUAUUAUCACCAUUGACUGUUAAUUCCAUUGUUUGUUAUCCCCAUUAGCUGUUAUUCUCAUUGACUGUUACUUCCAUUGUUUGUUAUCCCCAUUGACUGUUAUUCCCAUUACUAGCGUGUGUAGGACUGACAGACCGACCCAUACAUUGUGACAUGCGCAUCAAAAAGAAGGAUCUCCGCAAGGGUCUUGCUCAGCUCCCGAUAAACUACCCCGACCCUGCCCUCCAGCCUGGGGCUGAACCUGCCGAAGGUGGCCCGGCCGUCGAGCGGAUUUGUCGCCGACUCGCCCACGGCGAGGCGGCCGUCCGCUCUGGCGCGCUGGCGGAGCUUCCGGCAGAGCUCGCUGAGCUCGCGGAAAAAGGGGAUAAAAUAGAAAAAACGGAGAAAUCUGAAGAAGCUGCCGCCCUUUCUUGCCAUCGCCUUCUCCACAACAUCCCGCGCGCGCUCGACGACUUUCGCGCACGUGCGGCGGCGGCCGCACGCUCCGGGCGCGAUCCCCUCUUCCCCCCUACGAGAGACACGGAGUACCGGACAAUAAUGACGUCGUGGUGUGAAGUUGAGUUGGACUUUUUAAAGCUUAGCCGGGGGGUUUUCUUUUGCUUAUGGCAUUCUGAUAAGCCCCUGGUGCAGCUGGAGUGUGCGCGGCGGAUUGCGCAGCUACUCCACACCAUUCGUUCUCUGCGCUGUAAAAAUCUAUUCUACGGCGCUAUUUUUCGCGUUUUAUCGAGGGAGUGGCCGACGAUUGAUCGCUAUCGCAUGGAUAAGUACUUGGCUCUGGUACGUAUGCUUAUCUUUGAAUGGAUCAGCCUCUUGAAGAAUUUAGAAGAAAGCGAAGAAGAGAAAGAUGAGGAAGUUGGUGGUAGUCUAGACGAAACUUCGCAUGUUUCAAAAGUAGAAAAGAUGGUUUUAACAGAAACACCCAUGAUAAAAGAAACAUCCAAAGCCACUGCCUCAAAACCUGCAAAGAGGGAGCGGAAUGACGAAGGGAAUAAAAACACUUUUAGAAAGAAGAAUCAAUCCGUGGAGUCGGUUGGUAAAACCGCUCCACUCACAGCGAUUGGGAUUCCAUUUCAAUACUUAGAGCGUUUCUACUCCAAUAGACGAGUACUCACGCAGGCCCUUCUGGAGUUUUUCUACAUUUUCCAGGAGCAAAUCUUUCCAAAAAGCACCAGCACAGGGCUGACAAUGCAUAUCUGUGAUAUAGCCUUUGAUGAGUUAUCAAGAGCUUCUUUAUCACAGGAACUCUUUAUUACGCUAUCCGCAGGGAUUCCAUUGUACGCUAUGAGCCAAGGUAAUUUUAUUGAGAAGCGCGUUUUGGAUAACUUCUUUCCCCCUUUGGCGGGAGGUGUAUACACGAAACAACGGGAGGAACAACUAUUUGAGAAGAAAAAACAAUUCGUCAAGGCUAGCCACAAAUCUAGCGCCAAGAAAAAAAUAAAUGCGAAAGAAAUCACGAGAAAGCGGGGGGCUGUGGCUGAGGAUGAAUGGCGUCAGGAAGCGAGAAAGAUUUCAGAGGAGGAUACGAAGGUUGUUUUGUCCGAAAUGGCGAAGUGUUGCCAACUUUAUGCGACCUCCAGGGGUACGACUUACGCCGUUCGCACGAUGUUCUCCGAAGCGGACCUGGUUCUUCGUCAGGCUGCCGAUCCUGAUUCCUACCAAAGCCUUUCCCCUUUCGCGCAGCGUCGUCGUUUGGAAAAGGAAAUUGACGAGGUGAACGAAACGCGAGGGAUGGUGAAGACGGAGCGCACAGCUGUUCAUCAACUGAAGAAAAAGGAAAAGAAACAAGCCCUUCUCACAAAGGCUAAGUUGGUGAAGAGGAAGACCACAGGGGGUGACCGCAAGGGGAAAGAGGGUGGGCCUGAAAACGAUAUCUUGGAGGAAGGAUUGAAAAAGAAAAAGAAGGUGUUGCGUAACACAAAGCGGAAGAAGAAUUACCAACUGACCAAAGAUGAUCUUUACGGCGACCACGAUGACGAUAACACGCGUGAGUAA